AUGAUUGUGGGGCCCGACCUCCCCUCCGAGCCUUCUUUGGCCGCGGCUCCAGCUUCUUGCAGCCCAUCGGUCACACAGCGGUUGUCGCAGGCGCCUGCUGCUCCGGCCGAGAGCCUCCUCUCCCAGGUCCGCUCCGCGCUGAGCCUCGACGACCAGGUUUGCACCGACCUGCUCGAUGGCACCGAGGACCUCGAGUCUCUCCAGGGGCUGAGCCUCGACGCCGUCCGCCGGCGGCCGGCGCAGCUUCGUGCGAUGCAGGUCGGGCUCGAGGCGCAGCUGCUGGGCCUCGCGAGCGGCCCGGGCACGUCUGGCUUCGUCGAAGCGGCCGAGUGCGCCGCCGAGGUGCGCGAGCGGACGGCCGCGAUGCUCGACGCCGCCGUCGCCCUCGGUGCGGCUCUGCCCGCCGUCGGCCGGGCGAGCAGCGCGCUGUUCCGCGACGCGCGCGAGGGCUCCGGCGCGCGCGCCAAGCUGGGCGUCCUCUCCGACUGCCACGACGACCUGGUCGAGCUCCUCGAGCAGCCGCAGCUCGCCGCGUCUGCCGUGCGGAAUGGCCU